AUGGCUACUGCGCCGUCUGCUGCUACUGUGAUUGCAGUGGAGUUUAUGCUUGUCACAGUGGCACUCGCCAUCAUCAUCGCUCGGGUCUACCUACGCCUGGUGGUACAGAAGCAAAGUCUUGUUCUUGCAGAUUGGGUACGGAUAGUAGCAUUUCUAUCUGGUUGUGUCACAGCCAUCUUCGACAUUGUAUUCUUUGUCGAGGGGGCAUUAGAUCCCACCAUCAAUUUCACGCUGGACAAUUGGAAUGUGCCACCAGAGAAGCUAGAACGAGUCCUCAAGUUUACCUGGGCUAAUUCGAUUCCUUUCUUUUCAACCUUUUACCUCUGCAAAGCCUCGCUUCUUGUUGUCUACCUCCAGCUAUUUCCUACCUUUAUGCGAAAGGCACGAAUUGUGCUCUGGGGAGUGGUUGCUUAUUGCAUGUGCGCAUUCAUCAUAUCCAUGAGCCUUGUGAUAUUCCUUUGUUUUCCUACUGAAAGGAACUGGUCUGUCACGGAACCUGAGAAGCUCUGUGGCGAUUGGCCGGUGGCUACAACAUUCCAGAUUGCUUGGGCGCUACAUUUUACUGGAUCUCUUGCUCUAUUUGCCCUGCCAUUCCUCCUCCUCCACAAGCUCAACCUGCGCCCAAAGGUUAGAGUCGGUGUUUACGCUGUUUUCCUUCUUGGAUUUGUCGACAUAGCGUUUUCCUUGACUCGCUUUUUGACGAUUCAACUGACCAAGGUUGGCGAAUUUUCAUCCAUCACAACAAUUGCGCUCUGGAGUAGCCUUGACGUAUACGUAGGCUUGAUAGUCGCCUGUCUCCCCGCCCUCCGCCCAUACCUCCACAGAAAGGGCUCCAAGUUCAGCUACGGCGAGUCAGGCCGACCAACAGGUACCUCAACUCAUCCUGCACGAAGGACAGUGGACCGAGGAUUCCAAGAGAUUGACGAGACGCCGUCUGUGGAGGGCGAUCGAGGACCUGGCCCGUGGGCUGUGGGACACUCACCUGAGCUCGGUGCAACAGGGUGGAGCGAUAAGAAAAGCAAUGGCAGCGACGUCGAACUCGUGAGUCUUGACGUUAUGGCGGCUAAGGAUCGGAUGCAUGUAUAA